GAAAGAAAGAACGCGCGAGAGAGGGGGAGAGAGAGAGAGAGGGAGGGAGGUGCGCGCGCACCCGCCUCGCGCAUGAAGGGCUCCGCCGCCGGGAAAGAAAAGCCUCAGACGCGCUUCGCCCGCGCGGUUCUUUUUUAUAAGGUACUAUUCCAAGCUCAUUCUGAGUUUAGAGUAUAGUCAGACACAAUGAAAGUGAAAAUCAAGAGCUGGCAUGGAGUUGCCUCCUGGCUGUGGGUUGCCAAUGACGAGAAUUGUGGCAUUUGCCGGAUGGCUUUUAAUGGCUGCUGCCCAGAUUGUAAGGUGCCUGGAGAUGAUUGCCCUCUGGUGUGGGGUCAGUGUUCACACUGCUUCCAUAUGCAUUGCAUUCUCAAGUGGCUGAACUCUCAGCAAGUCCAGCAGCACUGUCCAAUGUGCCGACAGGAGUGGAAGUUUAAAGAGUGACAAUGGCAAGAUUUCUCCCCUCAUCGAUUUCACACAUUACUCUUAAAGAUUCAUCUCCCACUGCCUCUUUCUAGAGAACUUGUUCUUACAGUAUUGUAUUGUGUCAGCAUUUCUAAAGCUUCCAAAAGUAAGACUGAAUCAAAGGAAGUGGAGACAUACAACAUACAAUUUUUGGUGUGUGUUAUCAUUCAGAUUACAUUUUCUCAGUACUUUUUACCAUGUCUGCAGUUCAGGUUUUUCUGUCAUUAUGCUGUACAAUCCUUGCUGUGAACCAUAUCUGUAUCACAUAAGCCAAGGUGUGGAUGGCUGUACUGGGGAGAAGCCUAGAAUACUGAAUAAGAAAAUACCAUAAUGUUGUUUUAAUGUAUGCUAGAUGUUACCUGGACCUUUUGUAAUGCUUGGGAGUUUAUAUCUUGGUGAAUCAUCUGAAAUCCAAUAGGCCUAGCCUCUGGAGUUGUGUCUCAUCUGAAAUUUGUUUAAAAAGACUCUUCCUAUUAAACACCUUUGUUAUAUUCUGAGACAUGGAGCAGCUAAACCUGUUUUCCAUUGUUGUAUCUUGUGUUAUGUGUUGCUGCUAUUUUACUGCCAAUCUGAUUUCCUGACUCUGUAGCUCAGCCAGCAUAGAAUCUUUAGACCACAAUCCUGUUCUUAUUUGAGGCAAUACAAAUUCACUAAGGCAAAAUCCCUGCAAGGUCCCACUGUUAUGCAUAGAGUCUACACUUAGAUCUAAGUCAUAGAGUACAAACGUGGUGCUAGAGAUUACAAGGAUGGACUAGAAUUUGUGCCUGCAUAUUGCUGCACAGUUGGCCUUCAAUGCAAUAAUAUGUUUGUUCCCUAAAGGCUGCAAUGCCAAGCACUCUUGUUGCCAAAAGCUUGCCCACAGUCUUAGUGAGACCACUUGUACAGUGGGUGAUUCUAAGAAAUGAUGUGAUUCAUUCCCUGUGAUGCUCCUUGCCUCUUUCCAUCUGAACUGAGAUUCUUCAAAGCUGGCCUCAGCCAGGAGUGCAGUGUUUUAUCUAUUGCCAAUACUCUCCUAUCAUUGUGAGAUGAUAGUAUGUGAGUUGUGGGGAAGGAUGAGAUGUUCUUGGUUAUUUUUUAAACCAUAUCUAUAAUUAUUUUUAAUAGGAAAAGGUUCCCAGUUUAGCUAUUUAGCCAUACAGCCUACAGACCAGCUGUUUUUGAUGCUUCAUCCUGGCUGUUGAGUGCCCAGUCCUUUUGCUAUGUAUGCCACCCCCGCCUGCAAAUGUGUAAUUGGUGGCCCCCUGUGCACCCAAAUGAGAAGGUGGUGUUAAUAAAUUAUUUCAUUU